UAUUUAACCAAGCGCAUCCCUCAAAAUCCCAAAUAUCAACAUAUAAAAACCCGCCUCGAUACUGGAAACAGUUUGACAAAAUACAUGGAGAAGUUAGAAGAGAUCAAAAGAAAUUACAGAUAUAAAAAGGAUGAGCUGUUUAAAAGACUGAAAGUGACUACUUUUGCCCAGUUGGUCAUCCAGGUUGCUUCACUAUCUGAUGAAACCUUAGAAAUGACAAAUGAGGAGAUCCACAAGCUGGAAGAUGGCGAUUCUGCUGCUCCAGGUGCAGAUGCUGAAGUCACAGCAGGGACAAAUGGAAAGGGAAGCCCUGAUGGGACACCUCGUCCAGUCCUCUUUAUAAACAACACAGGAGCUGGGGAAUCAUAUCGGUCCACACUGCAGAGUGUGAUAAGUGGUGUUGGUGAAUUGGAUAUAGAAAAGGACCCUCCAAAGAAAGUAGACGCUCAGGCUAAAGACAUGCCUUAUCCUGACUGCCCCUUCCUGCUUUUGGACGUACGAGACAGAGACGCAUAUGACCAAUGUCACAUUGUUGGAGCUUAUUCCUACCCUAUUGCAACACUGUCUAGAACGAUGAAUCCAUAUACAAAUAGUGUUCUGGAAUAUAAAAAUGCACAUGGGAAAAUUAUCAUUUUGUAUGACAAUGAUGAGAGGUUAGCCAGCCAGGCUGCGACAACCAUGUGUGAGAGGGGCUUUGAGAAUUUGUUCAUGUUAUCUGGAGGCCUGAAGGUCCUUGCACAGAAGAUCCCAGAAGGACUGAUCACCGGCUCGCUCCCCAUGACCUGCCAGGUGGCAGCUCCCACUGGAUCUGCCCGAAAAAAGACCUCUCCCAAAGUGCCACCCGCACGUGCUGAGAAUAAAUGGAGAUUUUCUGCAGAUGAUCUACAAAAGAUAAAGUAUUACCUAGAAGAGGAGCACAUUCCUUCAGACACUGCCAGCCGUCUUAGCCGUGGUUCUUCAGGCCGCGAUUCCAAGGUGACAACUGUGAGGAGCAGCCCCCGUCUCCCCAGCACUGCUGGCAGCGUGGGAUCCCUCACCGCCCGCUCACUCAGCAGGAGCAGCCUUCAGAACAGGCCAUGGAAAUAA